AUGGAUUCUUCUAAUGCAUCCAAUUCUAAUAAAUCAAACACUACAUGUGGUUCAAUACUCCCUCAAUCUUCUAGUCUGACUCAAACAAGAGAUCCAGCAUGGAAAUGGGCUACAUGCAAAGAUCCUGCAUUUCCGAUGAAACUAAGUUGUACGCUUUGUAACAAAGAAAUGCGUGGUGGUGGAAUUACUAGGCUUAAGCAGCAUAUCACACAAGUCAAAGGGAAUGUUUCAUCAUGUAUGAAAGCAACAGUUGAAACUAUAAAUGAAAUUAGACAAAAUGACAGUAUAAAGAAGUUAAAGAAAGCUCACAGGGAUAACGUUGAUGCUAUGUAUCGUCGCACACAAUCUGAUGAGAAGUCUAAUGCUGAUACUGAUGAUGAGGACCAUGAGGUACAAGAAGUUGAAAAGAAUUUUAAUGUGGGAAGUAGUAGUCAAGUAGUUGUUCAGAGUCAGAGUAAAAGAAAAUUCAAGAGCCAAAGUAGUUCUAGGGGUCCAAUGGAUUUACUCAUGCAGACAGACCACCAGAAAACUCAGCAAGCCACUCUUGACAGAAACAGUUCAGCGAAAGAGAAGUUAAAUAAAGAUGCAUUGAAAAGCAUUUCAGCUUGGAUGACUGAGAACUCUAUAUCUUUUAAUAUUGUUCGAUGUCCAAGUUUCCAACAAAUGAUCUAUGCAAUUGGUGAAUAUGGUAAAUCUAUGCCCGCGCCAUCUUACCAUCAGAUUCGCACAAAUCUUUUCAAGGACCAGUUAGCAGAAACAAAGAAGUUUGUUGAUACAUUUAGGAUACAUUGGAAGAGGUAUGGAUGUUCUAUUAUGUCCGAUGGUUGGACAGAUGGGAAAAAGCGACAUCUUAUUAACUUUUUGGUGAAUUGCCCGAAAGGGUCAGUUUUCUUGAAGUCUGUAGAUGCGUCAAACAGAACUAAUGAUGCUGAUUUCAUACGUGAGCUUGUAAAGGAGGUAAUUGAAGAUGUCGGGAAAGAAAAUGUGGUUCAAUUCAUUACUGAAAAUGGUUCAAAUUCUACACUAUUGAAUCUUAUGAAAUGGAUAGUGAUCCAAAGUACAUAG